CGGGAUCAGGUUCGGCUCCUCUUUCAACAGCUCUGUCGCCUGCUCGAUGAUAUAUAAUGCUUGAUCCUCGCUCAGACGGCCUUCCCGGUAGAAAUGGUUCUUCAAGAAGGCGAUGUCGGGCUUCGUGGGAUCACUCUUGGAGAAAAACUGCUCAGGUGUCGGAAUCGUCAUGGCGGGCGCUUGCACCUAGAUCGCGUCAGCAUGGGACUCGGAAUAGCCUGAGCGAAACGGGUUAAGGAUGGCCAUGACGAUCGAUUCUAUCCUCUGUCCACCCCCACAGACCUACAUCGGGUCACGGACCGAAAGUGAUACUACUCACGUCUUUGAUCACUCGCUCCUGCGUGUUAACAGUCGUGCCGUCCUCGAGCACAUGUUGCGUAAAGUCAAUGGUGGGAAUGCCAUUUCGGAGCUGAAGCUGCUCGAUGGCGUUGCUCAGUUGCUCCGCGCCGCUGGUGCUCAUGGAUGAUGAGAGAAAGCGUCGGAACGAAUCUGAACGAGCGAUUGAUGCAGAUGGCCCUGUCCAUCAGCCGUCUCUCGUAACACAGACCGCCCGAAGUCUAUCUGCGAGAUUAACAUGAGAAAACUGGAGCCAGGAGGCUGGAAGGAGACUGAAUCAUUGACACGGCGUGCCGAAGUACAGAGUACACAAAGGAGUUGACGGUCGUGCCAAAAGUGACCAGCGAAAUAAGUGACCUCGCAUCAGAUCGGAAACCCGAACACAUCACCACGCCACUGUCUUCUUGAGCACCGCACGGCGGCAUCCGAGUCCACGCGCUCAGUAUCUGCUUCUUUCUCGGACCAGCACACUAUUUCCCCCCACCCCACAUUCAUACAGUAUGGCGGCCAGCAAGCCCUUCGAUCCUAAUGAAGCUCAAAAUCUCAUUGAGAUCGAGAAACAGUUUGCCGUCAAGGCAGUCGAGCAGGCACAGACAUACUGGAACCUCCUCGAGAAAGUCGCUCCCCGGGAUCUCAAGCUGACGAAACUCGAUGAUGAGAUCUUCGAACACACGAUGAAGACGUUCCCUGAGCUCGCGGAGAACGGGCACGCAAAACUGAUUCAGCUGGACGAGGAUUGGAUGAAGAGCGCGUCGGGUAAAGAGCGCUGGCGCGAGUUCAUCGAGUCCUACAGAAAGAAGAUCAAGGACUACAACUUUGGUUCGCUCAUCCGGACCAAUGCCAAGGAAGAGUAUGGAGAAAAGAACACGAUAUUCGUGACCCGGAUACAGCUUACGCGCGCGCUGCAGUUCUAUGCGUUUGAGAUCUCUCGCAACCGUCUUGGUUUGAACGAUGCGGCACAUACCCUGGCAAAGGAGGAAGCCGCAAAAGAGAAAGCAAAGGAGGAGGCUGCGAGCAAGAAGAAAAAGUCAUCCUAGGCUACCGUCCGUUGAUAGGGUAUUCUACUUGUCUGCGAAGGUUUACAUCCUCGCUGGCAACAUGCAAACAUUCACUGGGUCGUGGUGACAGAUUCAGUAGCCGACUUCCCAUAUCAUGUGGCUAAAGCGAGUUUUCCGGGCCGUACAACACAUCCGCCUUGAUCACCCUGCAGCCAGCUCGCCCAUUUGCCUUUUGAGCGUCAUUGACCUGCCUUACUGAGUUUCUUGCCAAGCGGUCUGUCUUGCACGCUGACGGUCUCGCUCCCACCUUCGGCGCGUCCGAGUUUGGAGAGAACAGUCGAUUGGAACACAGCUUCUUGCGGCUGUGCUAAUAAGUCCAGACACGGGUCCUCGAGGGACCGGUGGGUCUCGUCUCGCAGCAAACUCAAGUGGCGCUAGCAAAUGAGGAUCGGAUACGGUACUGGCGCACUGACUAGCAAAGCGUCCACCUCGCUUCCUCGGCCAUGACUCCAAGUAGUACGGAUAGGUGAUCAAAGCCAUAAAGUGACGAUCUUCAAUGAUUAUCAGAUUAGAUCAG